AUGGCUUUUGCUAAUGCUGCAGCAAGGGUGAAAGGAGAGUUUCCGGAAAGAGUAGGACAACCUGAAUGUCAGUACUACCUGAAAAUAGGAACUUGCAAAUUUGGAGCUACAUGCAAGUUUCACCAUCCUAGGGACAAAGCUGGGAUAGCUGGGAGAGUUUCCUUGAAUAUUUUGGGCUACCCUCUUCGCCCGGAAGAGACUGAGUGUGCUUAUUAUUUAAGAACUGGACAAUGCAAGUUCGGGAGUACUUGUAAAUUUCACCAUCCUCAACCAACUAAUAUGAUGGUUUCAUUGAGUGGCUCUCCUAUUUAUCAAACUGUCCCUUCUCCAACCACUCCUGGUCAGCAGUCAUAUCCAGGAGGGAUUACAAAUUGGUCAAGAGGAUCUUUCAUUCCCAGCCCCCGUUGGCAAGGUCCAUCAAGUUAUGCACCCUUGAUUUUACCCCAGGGGAUGGUAUCGGUUCCAGGCUGGAAUGCUUAUAGUGGUCAACUGACAUCAGCCUCUUCUUCCGAGAACCUGCAGCAGACAAAUGUAAAUAAUCAAAUCUAUGGAGCCUCACACCAGAAUGAAUCAGGAACUUCAGGAUCCCAAGCAUCCUUUUCUCAAUUACGCUCUGGUUCUGUCCCUGUAGGUAUUUAUGCCUUGCAGAGGGAGAACGUAUUCCCAGAAAGACCUGGCCAGCCCGAGUGCCAAUUUUACAUGAAGACUGGAGAUUGUAAGUUUGGUGCAGUUUGUAGGUUUCAUCACCCAAGAGAGAGAGUUCUUCCUGCUCCUGAUUGUGUGUUGAGUCCUAUAGGCCUUCCUUUACGCUCGGUGAGUAAUGUUUUCAGUGGUAUUCUCUCUUUAAGUUUAUUUCUGAAUCUUGAUCUGCUCAAAUAACUACGGCUGUUUAUUAAAAACCUGGUAUUCAUGCUACCUAAAAAUGUCAUUCCCUCAUCUAUAAUCUUACAUGACCUUUUCUUUUAAAAACUUAGUUUCCUGAUUGUUUUAAUUGCAGCCCAAGCUAAUGAUUCUUUUAUGUUAAAAAAUGGAUGUUGCUUUGGUACGCCUUCUGGCAAUUGGUCAUUUUGUGACUGCCAUGCAGCACUUUAAAUUAUAUUAGAGAGAAG